ACUAGCAAAGCCCCGGGCCCGGCCGGAAUCACCAAUGAUCCAAGCACUCGGCUCCAAGCUAAUUCGAUCACCUGCCGAAUUAGCUAUCGAUUAACCUUUCCGAGUCAAAAGGUCGACGCUUCUCCAACCUCACCCACCUCGAAGCCACCCGGCCGCCGCACUCGCAAAGCCGCUGCCUUUAUAUACCCCCCGCGCCGUCCCUCCGUGUCCUCCAAACUCGCCGCUCCGCCAGCGACUCCCUCUCUCUCUCUCCCACAAACCAAGGCCCCGGUUCCUGACCGCCACCACCAGCCAGUCCCCGGAUCCGCGAGCGCCGGCCGGCGAGGGCGCGGAGCAGCUAGCGACGAGGUGAAUCGAUCGACCGGCAGCAUGGGGCUGAGGAAGCGCCUGCUGCGGUGCUUCGGGUGCGGCGGCGAGGAGGCGCCGGAGGAGCAGCAGCAGGAGGAGGCGGGCAAGCGCCCCGGCGGCGGCGGGAAGCCGAAGCUGCGGCGGCUGAGCACGGCGAACCUGCGGUCGCUGUCGCUGCAGGACCUGUCGCGGAAGCUGGAGACCACCAGGCUGCACGCCUUCACGCUGGACGAGCUCAAGGCGGCCACCAAGAACUUCUCCACCACCAACUUCCUCGGCGAGGGCGGGUUCGGCCCCGUCUACAAGGGCUUCGUCGACGGUCGCCUCCGCCCGGGGCUCGAGCCGCAGCACGUUGCCGUCAAGUACCUCGACCUCGAGAGCGACGGCGUCCAGGGGCACCGCGAGUGGCUGGCGGAGGUGGUGUACCUCGGGAUGCUGAGCCACCCGAAUCUGGUCAAGCUGGUGGGGUUCUGCCACCAGGACGACCACAGGAUGCUGGUCUACGAGUACAUGCCCAGGGGCAGCCUCGAGAACCACCUCUUCAAGAAUCUCCUUUCGUCGCUGCCAUGGUCGACGCGGCUCAAGAUCGCCGUCGGCGCCGCCAAGGGGCUCGCCUUCCUGCACGAGGCGGAGUGUCCGGUGAUCUACCGCGACUUCAAGGCCUCGAAUAUUCUGCUCGACUCGGACUACACCGCGAAGCUUUCUGAUUUCGGGCUGGCCAAGGAGGGCCCCAAGGGGGACGCGACGCACGUGACGACGCGCGUGAUGGGCACCCACGGGUACGCGGCGCCGGAGUACAUCCUGACGGGCCACCUGACGGCGAAGAGCGACGUGUACAGCUUCGGCGUUGUGCUCCUGGAGCUGCUCACGGGGCGGCGCUCCGUGGACAAGCGCCGCCGCGGGCGCGAGCAGAACCUCGUGGACUGGGCGCGCCCCUACCUCCGCCGCGCCGACAGGCUGCACCGGUUCAUGGACCCGGGCCUGGAGAUGCAGUACUCGGCGCGCGCCGCGGAGAAGGCGGCCCGGGUGGCGCACCAGUGCCUGCAGAGCGUGCCCAAGGCGCGGCCCUCCAUGCGCGACGUCGUGGCCGCGCUCGAGCCGCUGCUCGCGCUCGAGGACGACGUGCCCAUGGGGCCCUUCGUGUACACGGUCGGUGGCGCCGAGGCGGCCCCGGCCCCGCCGCCGGCCGCCGCCGCGGGCGACGAGGAGGCGGAGGCCGGCGGCCGGCAGGGAAAGAGGCACGUCAUGUCGGCCGUGCACGCGGAGAGCCCGCUGCGCUACGCGAGCGCGGUGAAGAGACCGGAGAGCCCGCCGACCCUGAGCAGAGCAUGAUCGAGGACAUCGAGCAAAGCGGCGAAGGGGUCGCAAUCUGCAAGUGUACAUAGCUGAUAACGUGUCCAUGGAUUCUUUUGUUUUUGGGUUUCUUGGUGAUGUUAUUCUUGCUCCCAAGAAUUUAGAGGGGAGACAUUUUCUUUCGUUUUUUCGUUGUGUUAGUAUACUGCCGAGAAUACCUCGAAUUGAUGUAUUUGUAUACUGGAAUUUUGAGGCAACACUGUUGCGAAAGAUGCUCAGUUUUAACAUCA